UUCUCUCAAGCAGGCCAUCUUUGAUAAAGAAACAUUCUCUACAUGUACACGGGGAUAAUCAUAAGAACACCUCAUCCACGGGGGCUAUAAUCGCCAACAUUAAAACCUCCCAAGGUUCAGACAUACAAAAAUGCAGCAACCAACACCACAACCACACACGUCGGCGGGACCAGGAGCUUCAGGGGCAGAGUCCAGCCAGGCAAGUAGAGAUGCGCCACCGAAGCAGGUGGCAAUGGCACUGGAGCGUCUGGGGCAGGCGAGUAGACUCAUAGCUGAUAUCAGACUUGGCGCAGAUCGGCUUCUGGAAGCCCUAUUUGUGGCGGCUCAGCCACAACACUCUUCUAAACCUUUGCAUCUUAUCCUCAAAGAAGAAGCUUCUAUGAGACAACACCUACAAGACCUUCGCUCUGUUGGAAGGCAGUUGGAAGAUUCUGGUGUCCUCGAUGAUUCCCUUCGAUCACGAAGUAAUUCGUGGGGCCUCCACAUGCCCUUGGUUUGUCCCGAUGGUGCUGUUGUUGCGUAUGCAUGGAAGAGACAACUUGCUGGUCAGGCUGGUGCAUCUGCAGUUGAUAGGACCAGGUUAGCCCUCAAGGCCUUUAAUGAUCAGAAACGACGAUUUUUCCCACACCUCCUCACCAAUGCUGGUGAGGAGGGUGCUACAAAGAAACUUUGUGGUCCUCCGUCAAGUGAUCAAGAAGAAACUUGUGAACUGGAAACAGUGUCUGAAGUUUUGACACAUCUGAAAAAGGAGGUUCCAAAUGUAACAACUUUCUCCUACCAGCGUUUGGAUUGGUUAAAGCGGUCUACCUCGUUGCCCUCUUCGACCAGUGAAAAUUCUAUUGAAUUAUCGAAAGAUAAUACUUUCCAAAGCACGACAACGUUAAGACAAGGAUCAUCUGAUGAUGUUGUUCCAGACAAGGUUGCUAUAAUCGAAUUGUUGAUACCUUCUGUUUUUAGAGCCAUAGUAUCAGUUUCCCCUGCCGGUUCAUUGGAUCCUGAUGCUGUAGCAUUCUUCUCGCCAGACGAGGGUGGUAGCUAUGUACAUGCGAGGGGAUUUUCAGUUCAUCAUGUAUUUAGGCACAUCACGGAGCAUGCUGCUAUGGCUUUACAGCAUUUUACAGGUGUCGGUACCGAGACAGCCUUGCUUUCUUUGCUGCUCUGGGUCUGCAGUUACCAAACUUUGUUCUCAAAAGUUUGCAGCAAGUGUAGCCGGCUACUAUCAAUGGACAAAGAGUCUGCAAUGCUACUGCCUCCUGUGAAUCGCCCUUACCGGAAUUUUUGUGCUGGAAAAUUCUUGUCAAAGUCUGUCUCAAAAGAGGACCUAAGUGUGGAUUCUACUCAGGGUUUUCAUAUCGACUGCUUUUCUGAGGAAGCAUAGAAAAUCAGCCUUCUGAUACCUGAUCUGGAACAUUCCACAAAGAAAUUCCAAAUCUAUCUUCAACAAUUUGGACCUCUUCCCAACCAGAUAGUAGCAGCUUUUGUACUUUCUUUCCAUAGUAGCAGCAUUUGUAUUUUGUUUUCCUGCAUUUAAGUUCCUUUCUCUUGUUGGAAAAGUGUAGCUUUUGCUCCCUUUCUGACCAUCCUGAUCUUGAAGAUUGUAUCUAGAAAUGUCAAAUUUAUAGUUUUUUUUACAA